UUUUAGAAACUCAAACCUGACAUCCUGAAUAGGGUACACAUGUAUGACGUCACUACUCUCAGCCACUUCUCCAGCUGACGUCCGGGAAAACCUCACAACCUUCACCUCUGUCAGCUGCUCAAACUCUCCCGCUGUGUAUUAUAACGGGAAAAGAAAACUCUAACCAUGGACAAGGCAUUGAUGAGAGAGCGGGAGGCCUUCAGGAAGAAGGCCUUCGCUGCGACGCUGGAGGUGAAAAAGAGGAGCAUCGCACCCCCGACUUCCGAGCCAGUCAAGAAGAAGGUCAACAAAGCCCCGCCGACGACGGAUCCUUCUUCGUACAAAUCCAUGACAGGAGGGAGUCAGUACAAGUUUGGUGUGUUAGCAAGAAUUGUUCGUCACAUGAAAACUCGACACCAAGAUGGAGAAUCCCACCCACUGUCUAUUGAUGAAAUCUUGGAUGAGACAAACCAGCUGAAUGCUGGACCAAAAGUCAAACAGUGGCUUAUUACAGAGGCUCUACCUCAUAACCCAAAAGUACAAGAUAUAGAUGGAAAAUAUCUCUUCAAACCUCCACUACCAGUCAGAGACAGAAAGUCCCUGUUGAAGCUCCUCCGCCAGCAUGACAUGAAGGGUCACGGUGGAGUACUGCUGGAUGACAUUCAGGAGUCACUGCCACAUUGUGACAAAGUCAUGAGACAAUUGGAUAAAGAAAUACUGCGGAUAAUAAGACAGACGGACAAGAAACAAAUCAUCUUUUACCACGACAAAGGCAUCAACUUCCCCGUAGAAAAGGAGUUUCAGCAGCUGUGGAGAAACACCUCUGUUGACGGCCUGCAAGAUGACAACAUUGAAGAGUAUCUCAACAAACAGGGUAUCAAAUCUAUGCAAGACACGGGACCUAAGGUUAAGCCCAUCAGAAGAAAGGUGAGGAAGAACAGAGCGCGGGCGACAAAGAUCUCAGACAACGAACACAUGCAACACGUCCUGCAGAACUACGACGCCCCUUAGUAGACCUAGCUCUGAGGCGAUAUAGAAUGCGAAUGAACGUUUUAUAUAGCUUAUUUUUCCAUAUCGUAUUUUAUUAAAGGGGUAGAAAAGUUCCGAGGCUCUACAGUGUCUUUCGUAUUUUGUUUGAUAGGGAAACUGUAGAAGGAUUAUUUGUCACAUGCUUUUGCCGAUUGGAAAAUUUUAUGAUAUAAUUUGAUUAAUAUAUUUCAAACGUCAUCUAAUGUUUAUAUUCUAUGUUUGAUUUUCAUAUGAUUUUAUUAUUUAUGACUAUGUAUGGUAAUGAAAUAUAUGAGUACCGGUAAGCAGAGGGGCGCCUUCGGGUGCUCAUAUCCAGUAUUAUCACGAUAUGCCGUCAACAAGGUGCGGGUGUGUCAGUAGUGUUUAAGAAAUAUGGUUUGCCAAACACCAUGUCUGUAAGUGCCAUGAAAGUUACAGUAUUACUUGGUAUUGUUUUAGUCUGAUAUAAUUAAUUUACUUUUUUUUCUGGAUUGUUGUUUUUACUGUUUAUCUUUGUUCAGCUGGUGGUAUAGGACCUUCUUGAGCUAUAGUCAUGGCCUUUUGUAUACAGUAUUUGUAUAGCUGUAUUCAUAUACGGUACAGUACAACAUUGUUUCAUUAACAUUUCCAUAUAUCUUCCAGGGUGUUGACACAGAGAUCAUGGUGUUAGAAUUCAUAAUGAUUUCUAUGAAUUUCUUUAGACUGUGGCAGCCAUCUUGUAAUAUUUUUGUACUGGCUCCUGAUUGGCUAAAUUUCUUAACACUGUGGAAACCUUAGCAGAAGGGUUUCAUGUCUCUGCUAUGAUCACAUGCCAGCUGAACACUAGAGGUCUUCAGAGGGCCUCUUAAUUUACUGACUUUUACUGAAAUGUUAGCAAUAGUUCAUAAAAGGGAAUGUCUUCUAUGAUUACACAAUAGUAAUGGUCUGGGUAAUAUUGGUAAAUGUUACAAUAAUAUAACUACAUCCAAGUAAAGUCCAUUCAUGAUUGGUUGAAGUAGUUAUUGGCUGCCUUAGCUGUGGUAUGUUUGAUCCUGGUCUGUUUGGUAUAGACAUUGAUUGGAACAGAUUGGAGAAGUCUGUGAUAUUAGCAAGUCAUAAGCAGUAGUGAAUUGUAUGGCUAAAUGUAUGAGGUGUAAGGUAAUAGCACAAACCAAGCACUGUGACACGAAUGCCUUUGUAACCUUAGGCAACUGAGGACCUACAAGAUAAACUACAAACACUGAAGCAAAAUAGGAUUGUAGAAAGGGCUGGGAGUGGUACUGUAGAGUGUUUUGGUCAAGUAGUUGGAUGAGAAAGGUAGGUUGUAAGGAGUUAAGGAUUGUGGUAAGAAUAGCUAAGGUAAGGUAUGUGAUAUUCAGUUGACUCGAGUAAGGAAAAGGGAACCACCAUCAGUGUAGUAUAUUUAGAUGAGACAAGCUGGGGACUUUAUCUAUCAAGAACAUCCCCACAAGAGGAUUACCUUAAGAAACAAGAUACCAUAAUAAUAACAAUUGGAUUGAUUUUAUUUUUUAUGCUUUCAAAUAUCCAGAUUUAAUGAGUCUCUUGUGUAUGACUUCCUUUCACAAAUCCCAGGUGUAUUAUGAAUGUUAUUAAUUAAGUCUCGUAAUGCCCCACAUGAUUGAUAUAAACUCGUUAAUAAUUUUGAUAAAUAUUGGUCUUUGAAAAUCAUGUCUGUUUAAAGUGUUCUCACAUUUUCUUGAUAUGUAGAAGGAAACUUGUUGCUCUGGUUAGUUUGUGAAUAUAGAAUUUUUUUUUUUUUAUAAUCUUAACUGUGAUUUGGAAAAGGUUAUAGUUGUGUCAUUAAGCUGACCAUCAUGUGUAUAACAGCACGGGAAUAUGUGAAAUGGAAAGUAUAUGUGUGUGAGAUGUACUUUUUUAAUUAACAUAAAGUGCAGAGAGAGAUGUGACAAAUGUGUAAAAUCUAUUCAGUGGGGCCUCUCCUUACCAGACAUUGAAUAUAUUUUGGAACACGAAGAUUUAAUAUAAACUAGAAGUUAUGUGACAAAGGAACACUACUCUGAGCUUCACACUGUAGUGCUGGUUUGGGGUGUAAAGGAUUUAUGAUAGAGGUUUGACAGAUAGGAAUUUCAACAGGAAAGUCAUGGACCCUUUCAGAAGCCCUUAUAGGCUGAAUGUGGAAUCCAAAUUUCUGUACAAGGAAACUUUUCUAGAUUACCUAAAUAUGUCAACAGUUUUGUAUUUUUGGGUUGUAAAAGUGAGUGGAAUUUUGGCACAAAACAAACAACACUUGCUCUGCGGGAAGUGCUUAUAUAUGUAUUAACGUAUUAACUAGCCAGUUGUUGCAGUUAGUUUUGUUGUUUAUUUCAGAUUCUUGUUUAGAAAUGUACAAAUGGCAAAAUUUCUGAAUGUGAAUUACAAUAUUCAAAAAAUAAAUAUUGCGCUUAAAUAUUCAUGAGUACCUUCAGGUACUGUACUACAGAAAUUGUGACAAAAGCUAUGUUCAGGAAAUGUACAUUUUAAUUAAAUGAGUUUUUAUAAGUAA